GAUUAAAAAGGGGGAGGAGGAACUAAACAGGCGACCCUCCAGCCACGGUCUCUCAUCAGCAUAAUUUAGCCUUGUCGGUGCGGACUAACCGACAUCGGUCCGCUUUAAAUCAAGAUUAAAGCCCCGCAAAAAAAACACCCGCAGGAAGGAGCAAGCUCAUUUUUUCGGGGAAAUAUCUACCACCCGUCGUCCGCGGACUCGUUUCUGGAGCGGAUCGACCUCCAAGCUCUGUGGCAGUGAGUGACCUGCUUCCUGUCCACCCAGUAAAACCUGUUACUGUGACACUGCGUCGGUCCGGCACCAUGUGACGUUAGGGGAGGGAAUCUUCCAUCCAUCCCACCCGCUCCCUCGAACAAAGACCAAGAAAUCUCCCGAAGCCAAUCGGUCGCUGACGGUUGACGGCAACCUUGUGAUCCCACAAAAGUGCGACGCUCGCAUUCGUUCUCCCCUUUUGUCAUGGCGACUGCCGUUGUUGUUGCUGUACAGUCGCUAAGAGGGCGACGCAAGGGAGCGCAGGAAGCGGCGUGAAUGCUGAAAGACACCCGUCGAAUCUGCAGGAGAUGACAUGGAAUUCAUUAGGAGAUGAAAAGCACACCAUGUGGCACCAGCAUCGGCCCCUCCCGCCAGUCAAAGAUUGGGCCAAAAGUCAACUUUGGAAAUACUCGGAACAUACUUAGCCGUCAGUGAGGAAUGCAGUGAACAAUGGAGGAAUGAUUUUUCCUUUUCCUUCUUUGGAUUAUCUUUGCUAGUCGUCUGUUUGGUGGUCUACCGGAGUGAAAGUCCACCAAAAGUGCCUUUACUUAAUGACUCUGAUCUCUAUUUUUAUACAAGUCCAACAAUCAGCUGACAAUCCACAACGUUGAAAAUAGUUAUUCUGUACAUCAGCCACGGUACCAGCGCCAUGCAGUCCAAAUGGCGUUACCUGUUGAUGUUCCUGGGCAUCCAGUUGGUGGUCAUGGCAUUGCUGUCCCGCGAGGGCUACCACAAGAGGGUCACCUACUUCAUUCGCAUCUUCCGCAAGCCGGACUCCGCCGGCGGCUCGGCCCGGAACCACACGGGACCCGUAAGCGACGUACACGCGAACCUCUCUUCCCCAUCCAAAGCGCAAGGGAACGGCGGAGAGGUUUUCUACUGUCCCAAGACGUCUUCGCUUUUAGGGGGGCCGAUCCACGUCAGCUUUCCGUCGGGUCUCACGCUAGCCGAAGUGCAGCGCAAGAACCCGGCGGUGGAGCGCGGCGGGCGUUACCGACCUCCUAACUGCGAGGCCCGCCACAGCACGGCCGUGGUCAUCCCGCACCGCCUCCGGGAGCACCACCUCAAGUACCUGCUCUACUAUCUGCACCCUUUCUUGCAGCGGCAACAGCUCGACUACGCAAUCUACGUCAUCCACCAGGCGGGAAACUACACUUUCAACAGGGCCAAGCUGAUGAACGUCGGCUUCCGUGAGGCCAUGCGGGAGAAGGACUGGGACUGCCUGUUUUUUCACGACGUGGACCUCAUUCCCGAAGACGACCGCAACUUGUACAUGUGCGACGCUAACCCUAAGCACGCCGCCAUCGCCAUGGACAAGUUUGGCUACAAGCUUCCGUAUCAGAUGUACUUCGGGGGAGUGUCUGCUCUCACGCCUCUCCACUACCUGAAAAUGAAUGGCUUUCCCAACAACUACUGGGGCUGGGGCGGCGAGGACGACGACAUUGGCAUCAGAGUGUCGUUAGCGGGAAUGUCCAUCACGCGACCGUCGUUGAAAGUGGGCCGCUACAAGAUGAUUAAACACAAGCUGGACAAAGGCAACGACGUCAACCCAAAGAGGUUCAACAUGCUGGCCAAGACGCGUCAGACUUGGAAGCAAGACGGCAUGAACACAGUCGAGUAUGAGGUGGUGUCUCGGAAGUACCUCCCGCUCUACACCAACAUCACCGUCAACAUUGGCACCGAGGCUGGGCUGCACCCGCCGCCCGCCAAAGCCACCACCCUGAAAACCGGCAAAUAGGCCGCCAUUUUUUUUUCCUUUUCGGGGCCUUAUUCGUCCUUGUGUCAUGACAUUUCUUUUUCCAUCUAUUAGUAUUGCUGUGAGCAGGACUUAACGCAAACAUAUCUAUAUCUAUAUAUAUUUUGAAAAAUGAUAUCAGCUUCCCGUGUCGUGUUGGACUCUGUGAGUUUAUGAAACCUGCUAAUGCCUUACAAUAUUGUCACUCCUAUCUUCCACUAAUGAUGCGCCUUCGUUUUUUUUAUUGUUUUUUUUUUGAGGAGCAUGUGACGCUGCUACACUCGAAGGAUAUGACAAGGUUUACACUCUUCAAGAUAAUCAGUACUGAACAAGCAUAUCCAGAUCACAUUUUUGAAGUUGACAUAUCAGCUCCAAAGGUGAAAAGCAUUUUUUUUGUGUUUUAAAAUGGGUAUGACGUAAGAUGACAGUGGCCAAAACGCGCAAAAAAAUGGAUGUUUCAUUUUUUUUUUCUAAUCAAUAUUUUUCUUCAAUAUAAGCAGAAUUAAAAAAUGAAUGAACAUUGAAAGCAACUUUUUAAAAACUAUAUAUGUGCUACAUGAUUAAUCAAAAAAUUAUGUUCUUAUUAAUGUUAAAUGGCAAAAAUGCAUAUGAUAAACUGAUUGAUGGAAAUAGGACAUUUAAUUAUAAAGUGUACAAAUAAAUUCUGAUAAUUUAAGUAUAAUUGUAGCUAAAAAUUAUUUUAUUUGUACACUAUUUUUAAUAUACUCGAAUAUUUCUCUUGUGUCAUACCUUUUUAACACACAGAAACACUUUAUUUCAAUACUAAGCCUUAACAUGAACCACUUCAUUGUAUAUUUUUUUAUGUUAUUUAACCUUGUUUUGCCUUAGAGCAUCUUUUGCUUUCAGACAGUUGAAAAAAAUGCUUCCCAGUCUAAAAAAUACUCAAAUGCCAAAAGGAAUUAUUUUUGUCUUGCCUUGCCCUCAGCCAAACGUACGCCAUCGUGCUUCUACAAUAUAUCAUCUCAGUCUUAAUCCACAGUAUGUUGUAAUCAGCGUCUCAGGAAGCCGCCAACCAAAGAGAAUCUGGCAGAAAGACGGUGCGUAUACCAGCUAGUUGUGCAUUUAUUCCAUAUCCUCAAUAUCUAGAUCUUUUUGUUCUUGUCAACAUAACAGGAAAAAGUGCUCAAAUAGUUUUAAGACCACUUUUUCCUGCUCUCCUUUACAUCUCAAUGUCCGCAUACUAGUAGAAAAAUCAUUUCAAUUAAGACGUUUGUUGUACUAGUGUUGCAUUUUCUUACUAGUGAGGACAGACGAUAGGAAAUCUGACGUUUUUGCUGUGUAACUUUUGUACAUUGCCUUUUUUUUUUCCUCUUCGAUGAUAUUGGAGGUUAGUACUGGACCGAGUUCCUGUUAGCGAGCUCUGCUGGUGUGAGUGCGUGUGUGUUCAGUGCAAUCGAGUGGCCUUAAAUUCAGUAAUAAAGCGAUUAU